GAUCACAUAUAUAAUUGCACUGCCGAGUGAAAAGCGUAAUAUUGUAGAAGAAUUAAUAAGGUUAAAGACUCAAAAAAGUUUAGCGCAAUAUUCGUUGACGACCUAUAGGAUUAAGGGAUGCUGA